UCUCGAUAUAUUAAUAGGUUUAAACAGCGACACUUCGCCACUCUGCUGAAAAAAAGGAAGAAAGACAUUAAUAAAUAUACAGGAUGUCGACUGAAAAUAUACCACUGUUAAAUGUUAAUGGCCCGUCCGCGGUGCAGUUCGGUGCUAGUAAGGAGUUUCAACAACGCUCCGAACAGCAGGAUUUAGAUAGUGCAUUUGUGGGCUGUGAAAAGCGACCGUGGAUGCAGGGAAAGAACAAACCGAACGCCCACAGGGAACGUGAAGCCAUAAUGACCCUAUUUGCCAAAUCCAAACAGGAUUAUGUAAACACCAAUAACGUGGACAAACUUCUCGAGGAGCACAUUAACUUUCGCGACUUGGCCUCACUCUCCGAUGAAGAUCUGGAGAUGUUUGGGUUUUCUAAGACAAGGGAGCGCGCAGAGUGUCUCAAAAUGUUUGCAGUGCUGCCGAAUCAGGAUCCUAGUUAUGAAUCCUUAUGCCAAUCAAAGAACGCGCAAAUAUAUAAUAAUCAAAUUGUUGGAAAUGCAGCUAAUCAUCUAAUGUACCUGCGCUCGUCUUUGGCAGCCACGAAUUACAAAUUGCAAGUGCUGCCGCCAGAGGAUAUGGUAGUCGGCGACAAGCGUUAUGCAAGUCGCUUUGCACUGGAGGCCUUGAACAGCGUGCAAACCAUUUCGGACGAGCUAAGCAAGGAUCUACGUAAACUGCAGCAGCUACAGAUGUCCGAAAGUUGCAAACAAAAUGAGGAACAGGCGAGGGACUCACCCGCCAAGGAGCGUAAUCUAAAGCUUCUCUACUUUACGGCAAUUGCAUUGGGCACGGCUGGCGCCUGGUUCUGGUGGUGGUUGAAACGCAGUCAGAGCCCAAAUCUAGGGAAUAUUUCAGUUAAGAUCUAAGACAUUCCAUAUUUUAGAUAUAUACGAUGGUCGUUUGUGGUACUUGUUAUCAGAACUGCCUCGCAUAUAGCUUACAUGAGAUGCAUUUUGUAUUUACUGAAUAUUCUUCGCUCGAAGUUUGUAGUUUGUAAGUUUAUUCCAUUUGAAACGAAA